AUGUUGACCUACACCUACGACGUCCCACCCCGCUGCGAAAGCCCAGCCUUCGUGCCAGCACCUCUACCUGUGCCCAAGCGGCCCCGCUCAGCGAGCAAACGCGCAAAGACUGCGCCCGCUUUACGCCCGCCGCCGGAAGACGACGUUCGCGAUCCCAUCCUAACUCUAUCACGACACGUCUACGUGAAGCCGCCAGUCCCGCCUACAGCCGCGCUCGCGUCGCUUCCAUCGACAAUCACCCUCACGCCAUAUACCAGCGCCUCAACGCCGAGCGCGACCCAUGUUCUCGCCUUGCACGAUGCAGAGUCGAAAGGAACCGCUGUACUAGUACCGAUCAACGAGGCCGAACUCAAGCACAGUAUCCGCGCCGUCAUCGCCCUCCCGCCGUCGACGCCCACUGUUGCUCGCGGUGCACCCGUGAAAGUGCCCGUUGUACCAUUCGCCGUUCCGCAUGCAGAAACAGCGCCACUCCUCCUGAUAUUUGCAAUGCGCGUACAUCCUCGCGGGCCAAGGGUGCUCCUACCGGGCCUGGCAGGUGCCGCGGCCGAAAUGCUUACGGACGUCGGCGCCGCGGCCCGUGUACUGGCCGGCUCUGUCGGUCUGGACGCGCAAGUGGCCGAGCACCAGGGCGCAUGGCGUAAUGCUCUCGCUCUCGGAGUCAAAGACGAGACCGUCGUGGAGGCGCUGCGCUUCGUAUGGGAGGUGACCGUCGAGGCGCGGAGACUUGCAAAACGCGGCGGGACGCGUUAG